UCCAACAGGGAAAACAUUCUCAACAUGAAGCUGUCGCUGCGCAGGAAGCAUGCGCAGUACGCUCAGCAAAGGUGUGUGAGGGAGAGAGAGAGCGGGGCGGGGUUAUGGCUCCUUUGACGUCAGCAGUCCUCCGUUCUCACACAUGGACUCGGUGCUCGGUCCGCAGCCCGGUCAGGCACCGCCGCACGCGCACGCAGCAGGUAGUGUGUGCUGAGAGCAGCAGCUUUUAUUCUGAAAGGAUUCCUUUCCGCGUGGAUGUGAGGCCACAACGCGAGGACAGCGCUCACCUUACCGUGUCACACCUGCGGCUCUGCUCGGCUCGGCUCGUUUCCCCAGACUGAAGUCCCGAUGCAAGGAGGCGUGAUGGAGAAGAUUUCCCGACACCCCGGCCCGCUCGGCCCGCUCAGCCCGCUCAGCCCGGGCUUCCUGCCCACGGCCACGCACGGAGUGCUCAAGUCGCUGCUGGAGAACCCAGUGAAGCUGCCGCUGCAGCACGAAGCUUUCAGCAAAGAGCACGAGAAGGAGAAAAACCUAGAAGAAGAGCGCAGCGCCCCCCAGUCGGCCUUCCUGGGCCCCACGCUGUGGGACAAAACCCUCCCCUACGAUGGAGACACCUUUCAGCUGGAGUACAUGGACCUGGAGGAGUUUCUGUCUGAGAACGGGAUCCCCUCCAGCCCCUCCCACCACGACCACCACCCACCACACGCUCCACCACGCCAGCCGCCAAUCAUGACACCAGCCCCUCCCACGCCAGCACCCUCAGUGAUUGACCUUAGCAACCACGCCUCCGCCUCUGUGCACACGACCGUCGUCUCCCCGAACUGCCUGCACGGCAGCCCGGCAGCAGCAGGCCUCCCAAACUCCAGAAACACCUCCAGCCCCAUCGACCCAGACUCCAUCCAGGUCCCCGUCAGCUACGAGCCCGACCCAGCUGACCUGGCUCUGUCCAGCGUCCCGGGUCAGGAGAUCUUCGACCCGCGCAAGCGCAAGUUCUCGGUCGAGGAGCUGAAACCGCAGCCGAUGAUCAAGAAGGCUCGAAAGGUCUUCAUCCCGGACGAAAUGAAGCAGGAUGACAAAUACUGGGCCCGGCGCAGGAAGAACAAUUUAGCUGCUAAGCGCUCCCGGGACGCCCGACGCCUCAAGGAAAACCAGAUCGCCAUCCGGGCCAGCUUCCUGGAGAAGGAGAACUCUGCUCUGAGGCAGGAAGUGGUCGACCUGCGGAAAGAGCUCGGGCGCACCAAGAACAUCCUCGCCAAGUACGAGGCCCAGCACGGGCCGCUGUGAGGGCGCGGGACACACACACAUGUACAGAGUUCACACACACACCGCCAGCCAGCUCGUCUCACGGCUCCGAAGGGCUCGACUCACGGCAGGUUAGUCUGUGGACCAAUCAAACACGGAGGACACGCCUCCUCUCUGAUUUUGAUUCUGCCUCAAAACGUUUUAAAACGCGUUCGCUGGGGACUACUUUCAGCGGCGGAUGAAUCCACACUGGUGCUGUAAAAUGACACACGAUGCAACACAUUUAUAGUUUUGUUUUUUUCCCGUGCGCUGGCUUCACAUGACUUCCUGUUUGAGUCGAGCCCGUUACUCAGAACUCUUACACACACACACCUGUCGCACACCUGUCGGGGCGUGUCUUCAGCCCUGUGAACUCAUGGACUCCACUAACACUCACUUGACCUCUGACCCCUGCUCUCCCAAUGUCUGGCAGCUCCUCCCCCUGCAGGUGUGAACACACCUGUAAAUGAAUGUGUACCGCCUCCUGCCUCUUAGCUCGCGCUCUCUGUUAAUCUUUCUGUCGGGCCCUCUGAGGCCCCGCCCACUGUUUCACAUUCACACUAACUUUAACCUGACUUCUCUUUUUUAAACAAGUGCCCAAAAUGCCAAAAGUUUUACAGCAGGAAAUGUUUUUAUAUUUGUGAGGAUAAUCAGAGGUAAGCGUCUUCAGGGAGUUCAGACACGGUUGGGCGCGUUUUUGGAGCCCCCUAGUGGGUGAGGGGAGCUCAGCAGCCAGUCCGGUCACUUUAAAGGGUCUGGCUGCAUGUUUUGACCUUUGACCUUCACUUUAGCAUGUUCAUGUUUGUGUUCAAUAGGAAAGCUGCUUCAGGUUUAGAAGUAGAAACAAACGGGCGCUGUAGAAAUGCAAGCACGGGCGUAAAGACGGUCGCUUCAGACAGCGUUUCUCUGAGCGCGCCACCAACGAAAAACAAGCAAGAUUAAAGAGAUAAAAUGCACUUAAAUUUAUCUUAAAACAAUAAAAAACAAAUUAAGGACAAACUCUAAGAAAAUGGUUCAAAUGAGAAGAAACUUUGAAGCUGUAAAAACUAACCUGAAGUCAGAGUGCUCCUUGCUGUGCCGAUCGAGACGUUCUUCAUCGCCACAGUCUUCACAUCCUGGUUCAGUAAAUGUUUGGGAAGGUUGAUUCCAUAAAAAGGAGAUAUCUUUUCUGGCGGCAGCAUCAUCUUCGUCUCUUCUCUUUCUGUUUCUUCAAAUAAAAUCGAAUCCGGCGUGUUUUCAGGGUUCGCCUCGCACUGUUGCUUAUUUCGGGUAAAUGUAGGAAGAUGGAGGUGAGCGUGGGGGUUUCUGCAGCGACUGUCCUGCUUCUCAUCUUCACGACUUUACCUUCACCUUCACUUCUCUUUCUUAUUUUUUUUGUGCACGAAUGAAGCCGCGUUGAAGUUACGACGUGUUCAAACCAAGCCGCGCUGACAGCUGAUUAAUGCUCAGCUGUCAUGUUUUUGUCUUUCUGUGAAGGUUUGAAUUUGUUUUAGAGCAAAUUUAAAAAUGUAAUUAUUUAGCACACCUGCUGUCGGUCAGAGCUUUACUCUUCAGGUACUUUAUCGUUAAACAAGUCCCUCUUCUGCUCGUUUCCACCUCCUAUAUUUUUAUUCUUUAAUAAUCUUUAAACAUGUUCAGUUUAGAGAGAGAGGAGCUGAAACUGCAUCCAGUUUCAGCUCCUCUCUCUUUAAAAGCCUCCUCUCUUCUGAUUGGCCAGCUUCUGGAAGCCUGCUGACGCCUGCUGUGGCAGUUUUCAAACAUGACUGAUCGUAUGGAUUUAACGUCAACGUGUAUUAAGGUAAUUAACUGAAACUUUACCACGUUUGAUAAGCGUUACAGCGGCAGCCAAUCAAAAGAACCCUGUCUAGAAUGGGCGGGGCUAAGGUGGCUUGUUAUGAACAGAUCUGGUACAAGAUAAGUAAAGAUUAUUUUGAAGUGUAAAUCAUGCAAAGCUGCUCUAGCAGGAAGUGAGGAAGAGUCCAAACAGUUUCUUGACUUCUGAUUGGUUGCGUUGUUUUUCUUGUUCCUGUUUUAAAAAAAGAAAAAAAUGGUGAUUAUAAAUAAACAUCCUGAUAAGCUGAGACGCGGUACGAGUUUCUCUCAUUCUUCUUCGCCAUGUUUUUGGAAACUCGCUCCGUUUGAGUGCAAUAGACGGUUCUUUCAGGCGUGAACUUUGACCUUUGUUUCCCACGUAGCUCAGCUACGCCCCCCGGUGGCCGAGUGAGACAUGAAUGUAUAUUUGGGUGCGUGGCGUCGUCUGUACUGUGGGUUCACUUCAGCACUCUUUACUACAGACCAAAAGACUGCAGUGUAUACAGGAUAUAUGGAUACACAGGGUUUAAUGUUUAUACAGAGCUAUUCUUCUUGUACAGUCUGUUUUCCUACGUAGAUAUUUCCCGUGUAUUUUGGAAAUGCUUUCAUAAAUCUGAAGCUUAUAUAUCACACAUAUAUAUUGUUACAGUGGCGUGCCCUGCCGGGGCGUGCGAUGCAUGGGCAUUAACCUACCAGCUUCAUUUCACGUCUCACCCUGUUCUCCCCCACCCUCAGCACACCUGGGCAGGUUCCUUUAGUUUCAUGACUGUGUUUGGCCCAGAGGAAUGUAACCCCCCCAACAUGAAGCCCUCUUUUCUUUUCUUUUUUUGUAUUCUAACUUUUUAUUGUUUGCUGUGGUUCCUCUUUCUGCCUCCUGCUGUUUGACUCUCUGUUCACAGAAACCUUUUCUGUCCUUGAUUCUGUUUCUCAUGAUCAAAAUAAUAAACACAAGUUUAAAUACC